ACGGGGGCCUCAGCUCCAUCCGAAAACGAAUUCGUAUAAUAGAGAGAGAGGAGACUUCUUUCUCCAUGUUCAUAUAUAUCCUACUAGCACAGUGCAGUUGGAACUGGACGUCCGGACGGGAGAGACAACUGGAUACCAGGAGCUGAGUCUGUCUUGCAGAACGGAACACUCUGAAACGCCCACAUCCCUACUGCUCAAAAUCCUCCGUAUAACGCCGACCUCAAAUUUGAGCAACUUACGCGCAAAUUCUCCAAGAGAUGGGCGAAAUUCCAGAAUCCGAGGUUCCCAAGCCCACGCCGGAGCCAUCGUCGUGGCUUAGCCUGAGAGUCUUCUACCUGCGGCUGAGCAGGUGCGAGCUGGACGAGACCAUGCUGGACUCCCUGACCAUCACCCACGCCCCGCUCACCUCCGACACUGUCCUGGAAGUGAACGGCGACAGGCCAAGCACCGACCACAACGGCCACGUUUCGUGCCUCCUUCGCAGGGACCGCGUGGACGCGGCGUCCCGCGAGGCCUCCUUCGUCAGCACGGCGACCGUGAGGAUGGCCGGGAGCGUGCGCUUCGAGGUCCGCGUCGGCAGCGGGGAGAGGCUCCUCGUGGGGAUCAUGGAGAUGUGCGACGUGGCGGAGGAGAAGAAGGGAUGGGUCAUGAAGUGCCAGGUCGCCAUGCCGCGGUGCUCCGGGUUCCUCAAGGGCGGCGGGGAGGAGGCCAAGUCGCCGAUGGUGGAGGUGUACGUGGCGAGCCUGUUCCGGGGCAACCCGAUCGUGUUCACCAAGGCGAUGAAGCUCCGGAUCAGGAGGACGCGUCAGGUCAAGGCGCCUUUCAUGGAGCCCAUCCCCGAGUGCGGCGAGCUCGCCGACGACGACGGCAAAGAGACGCCGCCUGACCAGAAGCAUGAUCCACAGGAAUCGGAGUACAGGUGCUACAAGCCGGAACCGGGCAUGGACGACGUCGACUACGGCAGCUUGUACACGGGAUCGGCGGGCCUGGACGGCGAGGAGAGCGAGCUCUCGUGGUUCACCGCCGGCGUCAGAGUAGGCGUCGGGAUCAGCCUAGGCAUCUUCCUCGGCGUCGGCAUCGGUGCGGGACUCCUGGCCCGUUCCUACCAGUCCACCUCCAGGGGUAUGAAGCGGCGGCUGAUCUCCGGCCUGCUCUGACUACGAACGGCAGCAUUCCGGCAUGUCACGGAGCCAGGACACAGCAACUCUGCUUCUCUCAAGAUGUGAUGCGCCUGGAGAUUACUCUGCUGUCUGUUGGAUCAUGUGUUCGUACGUCCUUCUGCCUGUUAUAUAGAAGCACUCGUCGAUCUUGCACUGCUGAUGUCCAUCGUUCUGCCAAUUCAAACGUCCCUCGCGUUGCAAACUUGCUACUACUAAGCAUGUAUGUACGUAACACGAGGCGUCAAAUACGAGGCAGCUGCUUUGUUGCGUACAUACAUGCAGACAAACGUGUCCUCAGUUGCCACGCCGAGUACUAUGUAAGACAGAAGGUCAUCGAUUGUGCUGUUAAGAACAGAUGAAAUAUCAUCCAUUGUUUAGCCCGGUU